AUGGACAAGGAGCCGCAUGAGCCGCAUGGAACGACUUACACUAGCUCGAAUACACUAGAAGCACCUUCUCUGGCCCUCUCUGAUAUAAUGCACUUCUCCCCGCCUCCAUCUGACUUCAACGAGGACACUGUGGUUCGAAUGCGUCGCCGCGUACAGGAGAUGGAGGCCGAGCCUCAGGGACUGAAUGACAGGGAACGGGAGCUAGCUGAUAUUGUGCUUCAACUCACUUCGCCCAUGGCAUCGACAUCAACAUUGAAGGACGGCCGCGUACCAGUGGAGCCCACACAACUUAUAAACCAGGCGGAGACUAUAUCUGCGCUUGUAGCCCAGCGCGACAAGCUCAUCGAGGAAGCGGAAUACAACAUGGCCAAGUUGGAGAGUGAGCGAGAAGAGUGGCUUAGGACAGCGGAGGCACUGGUCACUGCGAAUUCCGGAAACGGGCGUAUCAAAGGCGUAAAACGAGAUGUCAGCGACGUCGAACGGCAAUGCGCAGCUUACGAGUCGGACAAUAAGAGCUUGCGGGAGAAGCUUGCAGCCACUCAGCUGCGUCUGACAUCUCUAGAAGCAGAGCUAGCAAAGCUACGGCCGCUGCUUCUCAUGCAACAGUCGAAACCCGAGCCUGAACCACAAUCUUCGGUCUCGGUACCGACAACCAUUUACGGAACGUCUGCGUAUCUCACUACAGGGCUCCUUCGUUCGCCUCUCGCUCCAAACAUAUCGUUGGUGCCGAAGGGGAAGGGAAAGGAACGAGAAGUACCACCAUCUGUCCCAGAGGACGGCGACGUUCAAACUUCGCCCGUUCGCCCUGUAUCCGUGAGGAAAAGCGCUUCCAAACAUCCCAAGCACCCGAGCACAUUAUUCUCCGAUGCUCGUUCCGAACAUAUACUACUUGCCGCUCGGCGACUCGGUCGAAUACGCACGAAUGCACUCUCAGAGAUGGCAAUGGACCGGGAGUUAGCUUCAGCUGCACUGCCUCAUGACUCGACCUCGCGCACUGUCUACGCUUCGCCAGGUGCACUCCCGCAGACACCGAAAGCGAAAGGGAGGCGACAAUCCGUGCUUCUGGCUUCUGGCUCGCCUCAUGCAUUCACACCAGCAGCGUUCUCGGCCUCGAUGACACCCAAUGGGGCGUCUCCGUACGGCCCGUGGUAUGGAUACGGAUUCUAUGCACCUAGUGUUUAUGGUCUAGGGAGAGGCGGGUACGGCAUGGGUCUCGGUGUGCCAGCAAGUCCUACCAGCGCUAGAACCCGAGGUACAGUCGGUGAACCAGCAACAACCGAGAAUCAUCAGAAUAGUACCGCUGGUAAAGAAGCCUCCAUGGUGAAUGAGAAAGAGGGCUCGGCGACCCCGAAGCGAGCAAGUGAGGAUGUAGGUAAUCAGAAAGACAGCGCAGACACCCCGCUUGCUUCCUUGUUAAGCGCUGCACGGAUGAUGGAUACUGCUCCUGGAGAUGACCCUGCUGCUGGAGAUAAGGGUCGCGAGGAGGUUUCUAACAAUACACGGCCCCAGAGAGCUGGUAGAGGGCAGAGGAAGGUUGAUGACAAGGGUGCGAGCACCAAGCCUAGUACAUCGAGGAGGCGUAACGACGCGACUACGGCGUUGGCCAAAGAUGAGCAGGUUCCACCAAAAACCGAGAAAGUCCAACGCGUGGCGACGACAGGAGCUAGACGUUCGAAGAGGGCUGAUAUGAAGAAGAGGCAAGCAGAGCAGGCGCAAGGGGAACGGCCUACGAAGCGAAGGAGGGUCUCCGGCCAAUCGCGCAACGUCAAAGGACACAGUCGGUCGCCUCAACAGAAAGACACCGAGGCCGAUGAUGACAGCCUGCAUUCCACCUCAGUCAGCAACGCCAGCACGAAUGGUGCACGGUUGAUCGCUUCCCCACAAAAUGCAGCUGUGAGGGAUGAUGGAGCCGAUCCAGGGGACAGUGGGGGUAGCACUAGGCCUAUAGAGCGUGUGCGCAGUGCGCUGGACGUGCUGGCGGAUCAAGCAAGCGCGGCGGCAUCGGAGGUUAUGACACAGAGGCGGUCUUCAACCAGCCCCUCGUCGUCGUCGCGAGCUACUGGUUUAGAAAGUGUUGUCGAUGAAGAAUCCAGCCGUCCGUCUGAAAGUUGGGUGCAAAGGGACGAUGUAGAUGAUGAUGACAUUGAAGGAUCGAAUGCUCGGCCGGUACGAGCACAAAGGAUCCGAGCGUUGACGGCCAAAGAGCGAGAUCGGCAGGAGAGGGAAGCCAUGAAGAAACCCAGGGGAAGGGCAAGGCGGAGUCUCCCCAGUGGCGAAAUGUCCGAGAGUACUAGCGGUAGAACUGGGAGGGGAUCCAGGCGGGCACGAACGAGCAACGUUGUAUCGCGCGAUCUAUCCCCAUCUAAAGCAGCUCCUAUACCCGAGGCACGUAUGAUUUCACCGCCCAACCACGUGGGCCUCCUUUCAGCUUCCACUCAUCCUUCGGUGCCUACCGAUGUCGAGGUCGUAGCACAAGUUGACGUCGAUUCGGGAAAUGUAGCUUCCACUUCGCUACGGGAGGAGACAGAAUCUGUCACGGAGGGCCAGAUAGUCGUUAUUAGUCCCACUCAGGCAGGCACCCCUUCCAGCGCCGACGAAAUUGUGAAAGUUGAGAUUGAAGGAGUCGAUUCGCAUGUCGGGCCCUCGAUUAACGCGGACGCGUCCAUCACGGAGGGUGGUAGCAACGCUUUGUCCCCAGCUCUUGGUAUGGGCGCGACUCCUGGCGCGGAAACAAAUGAAAUCGAAACAAACAGCAGAGAGGAAGAAGAUAAUGCUGUCUCGAAUCAUUCACCUUCGCGAGAAGCCAACGAAAUUCCGAUUCAGCCAGGAGCUGACGGAUCCAAAUCCCCCCGACCUUCACACUUCCCUGUAGGCUUCGAAGCCAGUCUUGUGACCCAAUUGGAAGACUCGUCGCCGCAUCUCACUGUUGCUGUCGACACCGAGCCAUCACGAGCUCAAGAGACCCUCGCUAUAGAGCCUCCGACCGAUGGGCAUUGGGUGGACGCAGACAAGGGCGUAGACGGAGGAGACGACGCUGGUGAUGAGGAUGCCGAAGGAGAGCCAGAAGGCGACCAGGAUAGUUUCUACGAUCCUGUGCCUAUCCCUGAAACAGCGCCUUGA